AUGCCUGGCGCACCUCGGCCAACUGAGCAGAAGCGGCCCCCCUCCUCCUCCGCUCUGGCCAAAUCCACCGUGACGUAUGCGAGCAACGUGGCGAAGCACGAGUUUGUCUGGGAAGUGCAGGGCCUCUCCUGGCUCGAGCAGCAGCUCACGCAGGAGGGGCGUGAGUGCACCAACAGCAACAUCUUCCAGGUCGACCCAACGGACGGCUACUCGACGUACAUGCUCGUCUUCAGCCCGCGCGGCGGCAGCCUGGAGCACGAAGCGGACGAUGACUACCAGGUCUUCGAUUCCAUUCCUCGCGGCACCCUUGCACUCAUUCGCAGGGCGGACGACUACGGGACCAACCUGUGCUACCGCUUUUUCGUGCGGGACGCGAGCCUAGAGUUCCAGCCGCUGGGGGAGGCGACGCGGGUGGCCGUCCCCGCGCGCGAGGGCUACGAGCCCGCCUGCUUCGUUGGCGGUCCAGAUUUGCACAGUGACUCGAAGGGGCUCUUUGGCCUGUCCUUCGACGAGCUUCUCGGCAGCGAGUGGGUCAAGGACGACUCGAUCUGCUUCAAGGUGUGCAUCGAGGAGGCGGUCAUGAAGGAGCACCCCAGCGGCGGGCAGAUCCGAGUGGGGAAAACGGACGUCGUCUACGAGCACAAGCCGCCGUCGGUCGAGGUGCCGCCGCCGACGCUGCAGGCCGACUUUCUUUCUCUCCUCACCGAGGGGCGCCACUCCGACGUCACCAUCGAGGCCGCCUACGGCGAGGCUGCGCCGGUCGCCUUCAGCGCGCACACAAUCAUCCUCAGCCAGCGCAGCGACGUCUUCGCGGCCGCCUUUUCGCACGAGAUGCGCGAGAGCUCCACGCGCACGCUCACGGUGACGGACGUGCCGCCGCCCGCGCUCAAGGCGCUGCUGCACUUUCUGUACACGGACGACUUUGACGAGGUGCAAAAGGUGCUGCGCGAGGAGGGCUCGUCGGAGGCUUCCUCCUCCUCUUCGGGCGCCGCUGCCUCGGGCGGCGCCUCCUCUGGCGCGGCGGAGCAGAGCAUCGCGCAGCUGCAGGCGGUGCUCGCCGCGGCGCACAAGUACGGCGUGCUGCGGCUGCUGCGCUGGGCGGAGGGGCAGCUGUGCGACAAGCUGUCCUGCGAGAUGGCGUGCUCGCUCCUCAGCCUCGCGCACGUCUACGGCGCCACCGAGCUCGAGCGCAACUGCCUCGCCUUCAUGAAGGCAAACAUGGCGAACGUGGUCAAGCGCGCCGACUUUGCGGCCCUCGCGCCCGAGGCCCUUGUCAAGUUCAACAUGCAUUGCGCGGGCGUCGACCCAGCGGAGGAGGAGCCGGGCCGCAAGCGCAAGCGCGACGACGAGUAG